GAUGUGAGCCGCGCGCUGCGGGUGCGGCGAGGCUGGCCCUAUAAAAAUGUUUCUGACAUCCUUGUGCGGAUACGCAGACUUCUCCACCUAUAGGAUCACGGGCUAGGGGGUGCUCGAUCACAGCAGCCAACGUGUGAAGGCGCCUUGCAAAGUAUUAACAGCGCUAUCAAAUUUUAAUUGCGUAGUUCGGAACCAUCAGUUAUGUGAGGAAACUGGGUCCUCCACGAUCGGCCGCCUCGCCCAAUCUCAAAGGAUAAUUACAGGCUGAGUUCGGCACCAGGACCCAGUUUCCUCCCGGCAGAGGUCCGGGUACAGGCUCACGGUCGCCACGGGUCAGUCUGAGGAAAACCGCAAGCUGCGCCAAAUCUCGCGCAGCGGGGCUGGAGGGCGGGCGGGGAAUGUAACGUAUCGCGAGAUGACAGGAUUUUCCCGCGAAGUAGAAGCGCGCUUUUUUCCCUGGCGGGGGAUUUGGCGAGAAGGCUGGGCCGGCAGAGGCUGUGAGGAAUUAGCUCGCGGCAUUGCAGGCGCUGAGUGGAGGGGACCCGGUUCCCGGGUGCGUGUCCAGGCAUGCCAGCGGAACGGCCCGCGGGCAGCUGCGGCUCCCAGGCUCCAGCAAUGGUUGAACAGCUGGACACUGCCGUGAUUACCCCGGCCAUGCUCGAAGAGGAAGAACAGCUUGAAGCUGCUGGACUAGAGAGAGAGCGGAAGAUGCUGGAAAAGGCUCGCAUGUCUUGGGAUAGAGAGUCGACAGAAAUUCGGUACCGUAGACUUCAACAUUUGCUUGAAAAAAGCAAUAUCUACUCCAAAUUUUUGUUGACGAAAAUGGAACAGCAACAAUUAGAGGAACAGAAGAAGAAAGAAAAAUUGGAGAGAAAAAAGGAGUCUUUAAAAGUUAAAAAGGGUAAAAAUUCAAUCGAUGCAAGCGAAGAGAAGCCAGUUAUGAGGAAAAAAAGAGGAAGAGAAGAUGAAUCAUACAAUAUUUCAGAGGUCAUGUCAAAAGAGGAAAUUUUGUCUGUGGCUAAAAAAAAUAAAAAGGAGAACGAGGAUGAAAACUCCUCUACUAAUCUCUGUGUAGAAAAUCUUCAGAAAAAUAAAGAUUCGAAUAGUAUAAUUAAAGAUAGAUUGUCUCAAACGGUUAGGCAGAAUACUAAAUUCUUUUUUGACCCAGUCCGGAAGUGUAAUGGUCAGCCAGUACCUUUUCAACAACCAAAGCACUUCACGGGAGGAGUGAUGCGAUGGUACCAAGUAGAAGGCAUGGAAUGGCUUAGGAUGCUUUGGGAAAACGGAAUUAAUGGCAUUUUAGCAGAUGAAAUGGGAUUGGGUAAGACAGUUCAGUGCAUUGCUACUAUUGCAUUGAUGAUUCAGAGAGGAGUACCAGGACCUUUUCUUGUCUGUGGCCCUUUGUCUACACUUCCUAACUGGAUGGCUGAGUUCAAAAGAUUUGCACCAGAUAUCCCUACAAUGUUAUAUCAUGGAACCCAGGAGGAACGUCAAAAAUUGGUAAGAAAUAUUUACAAACGGAAAGGGACUCUGCAGAUUCAUCCUGUGGUAAUCACGUCAUUUGAAAUAGCCAUGAGAGACCGAAAUGCGUUACAGCAUUGCUAUUGGAAAUACUUAAUAGUAGAUGAAGGACACAGGAUUAAGAAUAUGAAGUGCCGUCUAAUCAGGGAGUUAAAACGAUUCAAUGCUGAUAACAAACUUCUUUUGACUGGUACUCCCUUGCAAAACAAUUUAUCAGAACUUUGGUCAUUGCUAAACUUUUUGUUGCCAGAUGUAUUUGAUGACUUGAAAAGCUUUGAGUCUUGGUUUGACAUCACUAGUCUUUCUGAAACUGCUGAAGAUAUUAUUGCUAAAGAAAGAGAGCAGAAUGUAUUGCAUAUGCUGCACCAGGAAAGAAUUCCUAGAAUGUAUGUGUUAGAAUUUACAGAUGAUGGCUUCUUUGAAGGCAAAUUGCCCUCCAGAAAAGAUUUAUAUGACAUACGUCCAUAUGAAAAUACUUUCAAGCUUCAUACCAAUUUUGAGAUUUUAACACCUUUCUUAUUGAGAAGACUGAAGUCUGAUGUUGCUCUUGAAGUUCCUCCUAAACGAGAAGUAGUUGUUUAUGCUCCACUUUCAAAGAAGCAGGAGAUCUUUUAUACAGCCAUUGUGAACCGUACAAUUGCAAACAUGUUUGGAUCCAGUGAGAAAGAAACAGUUGAGUUAAGCCCUACUGGUCGACCAAAACGACGAACUAGAAAAUCAAUAAAUUACAGCAAAAUAGAUGAUUUCCCUAAUGAAUUGGAAAAAUUGAUCAGUCAGAUACAGCCAGAGGUGGACCGAGAAAGAACUGUUGUGGAAGUGAAUAUCCCUGUAGAAUCUGAAGUUAAUCUGAAGCUGCAGAAUAUAAUGAUGCUACUUCGUAAAUGUUGCAAUCAUCCAUAUUUGAUUGAGUAUCCUAUAGACCCUGUUACACAAGAGUUUAAGAUCGAUGAAGAAUUGGUAACAAAUUCUGGGAAAUUCUUAAUUUUGGAUCGAAUGCUACCAGAACUAAAAAAAAGAGGUCACAAGGUGCUGCUUUUUUCACAAAUGACAAGCAUGUUGGACAUUUUGAUGGAUUACUGCCAUCUCAGAGAUUUCAACUUCAGCAGGCUUGAUGGGUCCAUGUCUUACUCAGAGAGAGAAAAAAAUAUGCACAGCUUCAACAUGGAUCCAGAGGUAUUUAUCUUCUUAGUGAGUACACGAGCUGGUGGCCUGGGCAUUAAUCUGACUGCAGCAGAUACAGUUAUCAUUUAUGAUAGUGAUUGGAACCCCCAGUCGGAUCUUCAGGCCCAGGAUAGAUGCCAUAGAAUUGGUCAGACAAAGCCAGUUGUUGUUUAUCGCCUGGUUACAGCAAAUACUGUUGAUCAGAAAAUUGUGGAAAGAGCAGCUGCUAAAAGGAAACUGGAAAAGCUGAUCAUCCAUAAAAAUCAUUUCAAAGGUGGUCAGUCUGGAUUAAAUCUGUCUAAGAAUUUCUUAGAUCCUAAGGAAUUAAUGGAAUUAUUAAAAUCUAGAGAUUAUGAAAGGGAAAUAAAAGGAUCAAGAGAGAAGGUCAUUAGUGAUAAAGAUCUAGAGUUGUUGUUAGAUCGAAGUGAUCUUAUUGAUCAAAUGAAUGCUUCAGGACCAAUUAAAGAGAAGAUGGGGAUAUUCAAGAUACUAGAAAAUUCUGAAGAUUCCAGUCCUGAAUGUUUGUUUUAAACUGGAGCUCAAAAAUAGAUUUUAUGUUUACGUCUAGUGAUUUCCCUGUAUUGGGUUUGAAAUACUGAUUGUCCACUUCACCUUUUUUAUUAUAUCAGUUGACAUGUAACUAGUACUAUGCGUACUUAAAUAGAUGGUAAUUUUCUGAGCCUUACCAAGAACAAAGAAGUACCCAUAUUAAGUUUAGAUUUUCAGUUAAUUUUUGAGACUGAGUAGUAUUCUUGGAUACAGGCCGAUGUGUACUUAACUACUUCCAGAUUUAUACAGUCUUCCUGUGGAAGUUUAGUAAAUGUCUUUUUCCCUCCUUUCUUCUAGUAAUGCAGUUCAUGGGUACUUCAGUUAUGAAGUAGGCUUUUCAUGGGGAGAGAUUGGGAUUAUGCUCUCUAUUGUUUAAGACAUUGUUUGAUUUUAGAGUCUAUUUCUGUGAGAUAGUUUACCAAAUAAAUGUUCCUUAUAAGAUG